AUGCCAGAAUUGCCCACUGGAAUUUGCCACGUGGCAGAUUCCAGUGGGCAGUCACGUUAUCCUCGUAUACUCGCCCUUCUCUUCUCUCAGGUUGCCAACAUGGGUAAGGAAAAGUUGCACAUCAACAUUGUCGUUAUCGGCCAUGUCGACUCCGGCAAGUCGACGACGACUGGUCAUCUCAUCUACAAGCUGGGUGGGAUUGACAAGCGUGUGAUUGAGCGUUUCGAGAAGGAAGCUGCUGAGAUGAACAAGAGGUCCUUCAAGUACGCCUGGGUGCUGGACAAGCUCAAGGCGGAGCGCGAGCGUGGUAUCACCAUCGAUAUCGCUCUGUGGAAGUUCGAGACCAACAAGUACUACUGCACGGUCAUCGACGCUCCCGGCCAUCGCGAUUUCAUCAAGAACAUGAUUACGGGAACCUCGCAGGCUGACUGCGCUGUUCUGAUCAUCGACUCCACCACUGGUGGUUUCGAGGCCGGUAUUUCCAAGGACGGUCAGACCCGUGAGCACGCUCUGCUGGCCUUCACCCUUGGUGUGAAGCAGAUGAUCUGCUGCUGCAACAAGAUGGAUGCCACCACCCCCAAGUACUCCAAGGCUCGUUACGAGGAAAUCGUGAAGGAGGUGUCGUCGUACCUGAAGAAGGUCGGCUACAACCCCGACAAGAUUCCCUUCGUGCCCAUCUCCGGAUUCGAGGGUGACAACAUGAUUGAGCGCUCCACCAACCUGGACUGGUACAAGGGCCCCACCCUGCUGGAGGCUCUGGAUCAGGUGUCUGAGCCCAAGAGGCCGUCCGACAAGCCCCUGCGUCUGCCCCUUCAGGACGUGUACAAGAUCGGCGGUAUCGGAACAGUCCCGGUCGGUCGUGUGGAGACUGGCGUGCUUAAGCCCGGUAUGGUCGUUGUGUUCGCUCCCAGCGGGCUGACCACUGAGGUGAAGUCGGUGGAGAUGCACCACGAGUCUCUUCCCGAGGCUGGCCCCGGUGACAACGUUGGCUUCAACGUGAAGAACGUGUCGGUGAAGGAGCUCAAGCGUGGCUUCGUCGCCUCCGACUCCAAGAACGACCCCGCCAGGGAGGCUGCCAACUUCACCUCGCAGGUCAUCAUCAUGAACCACCCCGGCCAGAUCGGCAACGGCUACGCGCCUGUGCUGGAUUGCCACACGUCCCACAUUGCUGUGAAGUUCUCUGAGAUCAUCACCAAGGUGGACAGGCGUUCCGGCAAGGAGCUGGAGAAGGAGCCCAAGUUCGUGAAGAACGGUGAUGCUUGCUUCGUGAAGAUGAUUCCCACCAAGCCCAUGUGCGUGGAGACUUUCUCCGAGUACCCCCCUCUGGGUCGCUUCGCCGUGCGUGACAUGAGGCAAACAGUGGCUGUCGGUGUCAUCAAGAGCGUUGAGAAGAAGGACCCCUCUGGUGCCAAGUCUGUUCACCCCCCUGGUCCUGCUCUGCUGCUCUCCUGCCCUCCUGCCCUCCUGCUCUCCUGCCCUCGUGCUCUGCUGCGCUUGUUCACCCAUCAUCUCGCUCCUGGAAGCCUUUGUUUUCGUUACUCGCUCAUCCCCCCCGCUUUCCCCCUUCCUGUGUCUUUUAUUUUCUUUCUCCCCACUGCUUCCCCCCACGAACCCCCCUCCACACAUACCCUGGUGGCAGGCGCAAUCCAAUCAGAGGUACUGCUCUCUUACCCUCCUGCCCCUUGCCUCUUGCUCUCUUGCCCUCCUGCCUUCUCCCCUGUCUCUCACAUGCUCCCCUGUCGUCAUGCCUUUUCCUCCUGCCGAAUCUCACUGCUACUAUUACUCAAAGACUCCUUUCUUUCUGAGUCAUACUCGUCAUUCCUCCUGUACUCGUUUGUGUCCGCCUCGAUUCUCGCACACAACUCACGCCCUCGCAUGCACCAUCCCUCCAUCUCCCUCCUCCUCACCCGUUCCUUUUUUUCGUGCCCUUGCUCUUCUCAAGCCCCUCCGUUCGACCUCUCCACCUUACCCUCUCCACCUUACCCUCUCCACACAUUUCUGCACCAUCCCUUCAACUGCGAAGGUGUUCACAGUGGGCUCAGUCCGUGGGGAUACGGCGUGAAGAAGUGGAAGCCAAAGGGCGUCAUUCACGCAGGGGACACUCUCGUGUUCAAAUGGAGGGGCAUUCCGCAUGACGUGUGGACCAUGAACACCAUGGAUGCGUACAAUGCCUGUGACUUUGGGGCGGCCACUAGGAAGACCGGCAUCACAUCUGUGGGGAAGUACAAGUACAAGGUUCCAGCUUCAGCCAAGGGCACAUCCAUUCUCUUCUCAUGCAGUGUGCCUGGCCACUGCUCUGCUUUCAACAUGAAAGUGGCUGUACCGAUCCAUGCAUAA